AUGUCAGCUGCAAUGGACAGGGCUUUAAUGGCCCUAUCUCUGGAUGAGGAAGAUGAGCCUUUCAAUAUGCCUGAUCUUCCAGGUUUCAGUUCUAGAGAAGAAAACACUCUGAGUCUUUUGGGAAGGGUUCUGAACCCAGAAUGUCAAAAAAUGCCUGGUCUGAUAAUCACGAUGCCAAGGAAGUGGCAUAAAGAAGGGAAAGUUCGUGGGGUGGCUCUCUCGCGGGAACGUUUUCAGUUUAUCUUCAACAACGAGCACGACCUCAGGGAUGUCCUGGAUAAAGGAGUUCAAACGUACAACGAGUGGCCGAUAGUCCUGGAACGAUGGGUGGAGGAUCCACCGGAUGACUACCUCCAGUAUGUUCCGCUGUGGGUGAGAAUCGGUAACAUUCCGGUAAACUACUACUCGUCGGAAGCGAUAGGAGCUCUCGGAGACAUCGUGGGGAAAGUUGAUGUAGUUGCUUUUGACCCUUCCAAACCAAUAAUCCAUGACUAUGUCAGGGUUAGGGUUUUCUUCAAUGUUGCUAAUCCGCUGAGAACGUCGAAGAUUAUCAACUUGAAAGGAGGGAAGACUGCUAAUAUUCAUUUCACCUAUGAAAAUAUCCAGAAAAGAUGCUUCACUUGUUUCCGUAUGAACCAUGAAAAGGGCUCUUGUCCUCUCACAGUACGCCAAAGGAAGGAGGAAGCUGAGACGAGAAGAAACAAGAUACUAGCAGAAAGAGAACAAGCUAAACUCUUUCUAAGCAAGGAUGAUCCGCUGAAGGGUGUGCUGGAUGAAUCCCAAGUGGGUAUCAAUCCUCUUACAGGCAGACCAAAAAUUGCGUUGCCGGUGCUGGAGGAAAUGAGAAGAUAUCUGAUUGCUUCUGAAGGUGAAGAUAUAGCCAUCAGAGAGGAGAGAGUAAGAACGUCGGUGAAGGAGGCAGAAACGGAUCCGGUUCUUCAACGCUCUGUCUUGCGUUUGGAGCCCAUUCCAACUAUCACUAGAGACCUCAACAAAGGAAAGGGUUUUGUCUUUGACUACACCAGUGAUAAGAAAGGCUGUCAAAGUAAAAGCCUCCCCCAAACUUCAGAGAAACUCAUGUCGGGAGCAAUCAAGGCGGGACAGAGAUCUCAGAUACUAAGCGCUCCUCUACUCUUGGAGUAUGGAAGAACGGAGGAGUCUACUUCUUCCACUUCUAAAGGCUUUAAUGACUUUCCAACGGUUUUCUCUGCUGGUUCAUGCCAAGCGAGUCCUUCCGGGGAAGUUAUUAAAAAGUAUCAGAGAAGAAGGAGACCAUCGAAAGCAAAGCGAGCAGUUAAGAAGGCUUCUCUGAAUUCCAUUGUGGUCCAACCGGGUCCUUUGGAGAUGAUAGAGCACCGAGACGGCAAGCAAGUCGUGGGUUCCAAGAAACGCAAAUGUGAGGGGCAGAAUGAAGAAGGGAGCAGGACAACAGUGGUUAAGAACCAAAAGGUGAUCCCAAAUGAGGGAUCGCCCACCGCGUAA